AUGGUUUCUACGACAAUUCAAGACCGGACAAAUGAAUUCCGGACCAUCCUCAACCAGGCGCAGAAGCGCCAGAACGCCUCCAAGGGCCAGCAACGGCAGUCUCUCCUGAGUGAUGCUCAAAAGCAGGAAGCCAAUGGUCCUGUAAAAGGUGGCCGCUCUGAGUUCGCCCGUAAUGCUUUACAAAUUGGUCGUGGCAUCAGUGCCACUAUGGGGAAACUUGAGAGACUUGCUCAACUUGCCAGAAGGAAAGCCAUCUUUGACGAUCGACCUGUCGAGAUCUCGGAAUUGACUUAUGUUAUAAAACAAGACCUGGCCGCUCUCAACUCCCAGAUAUCUGCCCUGCAGCAAUUCACGCAAUCUCAACAUCCAACCGCCUCCCUGCCUCGGUCUGCGGACCAAGAAGGUCAACACAACAAGAAUGUCGUUCUGAUGCUCCAGAACAAGAUUACCGAUGUCGCCGCGAAUUUUAAAGAUGUCUUGGAGGUGAGGACAAAGAAUAUCCAGGCCUCACGAUCAAGAACAGAGAACUUCGUCUCUUCGGUCUCUGCUCGCUCUCAACCACAUCUUGAUGAUUCAAGAUCCGAGUCUCCCCUAUAUUCGGGCGCCACAAGUCGACAGAGAACGCCGCAGAUGUCCACAAACGACCUCCUGACGCUUGAACCCUCGUCCACCUCUACCUUGAUGAAGAAUGGUCCGCAGUCUGAUCAUCAGUUAUUACUCAUGGAGGAAGCCCAACCUGCCAAUGCCUAUAUUCAAGAAAGAGGUCAGGCCAUCGAAGCAAUAGAGCGAACCAUCAACGAAUUGGGUGGCAUUUUUGGACAGUUGGCGACCAUGGUCUCAGAACAGGGAGAGAUGCUGCAGAGAAUUGAUGCCAACACCGAGGAUGUGGUCGACAACGUUCAAGGUGCUCAGCGCGAGCUGUUGAAGUAUUGGAACCGGGUCCAGGGUAAUCGAUGGCUGGUGGCCAAAAUGAUGGGCGUUUUAAUGGUGAGAGGCGAAUCCCCAAUUUCGUAG